GACUUACGCACAUGUUGCUGUCAUUUAACCAUCCGCGGGGAGAACAUCCCUGUCUCUCUCUGCUCUGACACUCCAUCAAGGCACGAGCGCAGCUCCUCUCCUCUCGCGCACAAGAGACCCGCGCGCCUUUACCUGUGAAGAGCAAUUCCAUCAACCAAGACUGCUGCGAGGAUGUAUCGAGCUUUACUUUUCGCAACCCUGGUUCUUGUGCUGGAGGCUCGAUUCGGUCAGUCAAGCUGUCAAGACGAGGAACCACAGAGAACAGUGUCGGAUGAGGAUCCAAGUUUUCGUCUCUCGACGCGUAACUUUCUCAAACGGUAUAACGACAUUGAUUAUGACAGCUUUGUGGGGUUGAUGGGGAGGAGGAGUGCAGAUGCUGAUGAAAUGCCGUCUCAACGCAAAAGAGAAAUGCAUGACAUCUUUGUUGGACUCAUGGGUCGACGGAGCAACAAUGCUGAUACUGGCCGUCCGUGGAGGAGAGAGCAGCCACAGCCAGAGACCAGAGGCUUGUUCUUUAACAAGUGCAGACUGAGAUUCCGUCGUGGGUUAUAGGCAGAGCCAUUACUCAACUCCUUUCGGACCAUCUAUACUGUUCUCACACGACAACUCCUUUUCUCGGCACAAUUUGGUGCAAAAAACAAACAAAAAAACAAUAAUGAUAAUGGAAGCAAAUAGCCUGAUCAGAUGACAUUUAUCAAAGAUGAUUUAUUAUGAUUUACGCUGAUCUUCAGUUAUAAAUGACAAAUUGUAUAUACCAGUAGACAGAAUUAAAUCUCCAGAUACAUCCUCUGAA